AUGAUCGUUGCUGCGACUUUGGCAUCUAUCCUGCUGAUCUCGGCAGUCAAGGCGUUUUGUCCGUAUGGCUGUGCCUGCGUCGACUCGGCAUUGACGGUCGAGUGUGACGGUGCCUCUUUAACCAGCAUACCGAUCUUGCUUAAUCCAAGAACAAAGUCGCUUAAAUUAUCCAACAAUCUUAUUCAUGAUGUCACUUUGGACGAGCUUAGCUUUUAUACGGAACUUGAGUUUCUGGAUCUGUCCGCAAACAAGAUUCAGACGAUAGAAAAGGGCGCUUUCUUCCGCUUGCAAAACUUGAAGAUUUUGAAGUUGAAUCAGAAUCUGCUCGCGUCCAUCGGUCCCGAAACUUUUACCGGUCUGGCAUCGUUGAAGGUAUUAGACCUGAGCGAAAAUGGCAUAGCAAGAAUUGCCACAUCCGUGUUUGCCGACCUUCAUUACUUAGAAACCUUAAACUUGACGUUCAACUCGAUUUCCUCGUUUUCUCCCGGAGCAUUUACCGGACUUGGACGACUGAAAGAGCUGCACACGCAGUACAACGAAAUCACCACCAUCCCCAAGGUGGCUUUGCAUGCACUGACAUCGUUGAAACUGCUCGAUUUCAGCCAUAACCGAAUAUCGUUCCUGAACGCAGAAAGUUUCGUGCUGCUGAAAGAGCUCGAAAUACUGAAUUUCGGCUACAAUUCGUUAGACUCGAUCAACGAGUACGCUUUCCUCGGCCUCAAUAAUCUGAGACAUCUUCACCUAGACAGCAAUCAGCUGUAUCGCAUCCCGACGCUAGCCUUUCGACCGUUGACAGAGCUUCAGACGCUCAGCAUGCGGGACAACUUGAUCGAAGAAAUACCCACCAGUGCGUUCGAGGGACUGAAUCAUCUUCGCCAGCUGACGAUUACCCACUGCAACCGUUUGGCUUCGAUUUCACUGAACGCGUUUUCCGGCCUAUUCGAUCUUGAGACUCUGAUUCUGUCCGACAACCAGGCACUGUCCGAGCUGCACCCGAUGGCUUUCGAGCUGAACGCGCCAGUGGCGUUGCGGCAAAUCUAUUUGAUCAGCAACAACCUGAACCAGUUGCCCAGGAACUGGCUGCCGUGGCAGCAGUUGACUACGCUGGAUCUGCGCGAAAACCCAUGGCAGUGCACAUGUGAGUUUGCAUGGAUCGGCGAGGUGCUACGAGGGCUGUAUCCCGAGGCCUCGCGCGACAACGCGAUGGCGUGGGGCCCAACGUGCGACGGCCCAGAAGACGUCAGACAACAGCCGCUGUACGAACGCGACGAGAGUGAGUUUCGAUGCGUCAGAGAGAACCGCUUGAUGAUGAUCAUCACCAUCGUCUGCGUUCUGACGUGCUUAUCACUUCUCACCGCCCUCGGUGUACUGAUCGUGCGCUUCCGGCAUAAGUUGUGCUACGUUUUAUUCCGUCCCGAUAAUAAGCGUGGCUUCUACGGCACUACGGUUAUAAUUCCGGACCACAAGGACGCAGACAAGCAAAAAACAUUACUCUAUUCGUACGUUUAUCCGAAUGAAUGCCAGACAUUCUUGUCUUCUUCGUCAUCAGACUAUUAUUACUGCAAUAAUGGACUUCCGCCGUCGCCUAGUCCUCCGGUGCUACCUCACCGACUGUAUUUGAACGAUGGCGGCGGCUACAGAAUGAUUCAAGGAUAUCCGACUCCUAUUACGGAACUUUAA